AUGAUAGAUUCAACGUGUUUUUUAGCUCAGCAGGAAUUGGCAUUUAGAGGCCACGACGAGUCAGAUUCAUCUGUUAAUAAAGGUAAUUAUGUUGAACUUAUUUACUUAAUGGCCCAGCGUGAUGAGUUGUUAAAAACACAUCUUGCAACGUCCACUAUAUUUACUGGUUUAUCUGGGGACAUUCAAAAUGACUUGAUUCAAUCAAUUUCAAAUGUUCUUCUUAAUCAAAUUGAAAAUGAAAUACGCGAUACUCCGUUUGUUGCAAUAAUUAUGGACGAGACAACUGAUAUUGUUUCAAAGUCACAGUUAUCAACAGUGUUGCGUUAUAUUAAUACCAUAGAUGGAUACGAAGUUGUCGAAAGAUUUUUGGGAUUUACUGAUGUUAGUGAAGAUCGAUCAGCGAAAGCAUUAUCAGAGCAUGUAUUUAGUUUUAUUUCAAAGUAUGCAUGUGAAGAAAAAUUAAUAGCCCAAACGUAUGAUGGGGCAGCUGUUAUGUCCGGGCAACAUAAUGGUUUACAAUCGCUAGUGCGUUCGAAGUAUGAAAAUGCUAUUUUUGUACAUUGCUAUGCACAUAAAUUAAAUCUUGUCAUAAAACAGUCAGUUGAGUAUAUUAAAGAUUGUAAAAUAUUUUUUUCAACCCUUUCUGGUUUAUCGUCUUUUUUUUCAAAAUCUACCAAACGAGUACAUGCACUUGAUAAUGUAGUUAAAAAACGUUUUCCAUCAGUAGCUCCAACAAGAUGGAAUUACAAUAGUCGUCUUAUUGAAAUGAUGGUUGAACAUAAACUAGAUGUUAUAAAUCUAAUGGAAUCAAUCAUAGAGAAUGCCCAAAAUUGGGAUUCGGAAACAUUGUCUUCUGCUAAAGGGUAUGUGGAAAUUCUUCAAAGUUUUGAUUUCAAUUUUUUUCUAAAAUUAUUUUCAAUCAUUUUACCACAAGCAACGAUUAUUUUUGAAAUUUUACAAAAAAAAAUUUUUGAUAUUUCUUAUUGCUCAAAAAAGAUUGACGAUUUCAUUGUUUAUUUAAAUACUGUCAGGUCAAGUUUUGAUGAUAUUUGGUCACAGUUAGAAAUUAUAAACAAUGAAAUACAGCCUCAAAUUCACCGUUCAAAAAGGCAAAGAUUUAAUCAAGUUUCUGGAGAUCCAAAAACUAAUUACAGACGACUAUUUUUUGAAAUAAUUGACGUUAUAAUUAAUAAGACAAAAGAACGGUUUUCAAAUCUUAAUCAAUUACAAUUUUUCGCAUUAUUAGACUUUAAAAAAUUUAGUCUAUAUGCUAAUGAUUUUCCUAUAAACUUAUUCAAUUCGUUGAAACAAUUGUACGGUAAAUAUUUUGAUUUACCCAAAUUGAGAAGUGAACUUUCGGUUGUCUACUCGACCGAAGAAUUUCAAAAACCUAAUGUUCACGAUCUUUUAAUUUAUUUAAAAACCACAAAUUUAGACGAAAACUUACCACAAGCAACAAAAUUGAUUUCAUUGAUACUAACUAUUCCAGCUACUAGUGCAUCAGCAGAACGUUCAUUCUCGGCCCUUAAAAGGAUUAAGAAUUCAUCAAGAAAUUCCCAAGAACAAAAUCGUCUUUCAUCAUUAUCAAUGCUGUCAAUAGAAAAAAAAUUAUUGGUAGGGUUGAAAAAAAAAUCUACGUUUCAUGAUGAAGUAAUCAAAGCUUUCCUUACUAAAAAUAGAAGAAUUGAUUUAAUAUAUAAGUAA